GGGGAGGCUGGUUGCCGCGUCAGGCAGACAUAUCGGCUUGUGUAUAUCGAUGGGCACGUGUCGGUCGGGGCUUUUUCGUCGAGAGAAUGGCAAUGAGAGAGUGGAGACUGGACUGCUCGAUUGUGUUGACAAGGUCACCUUGUCAAGAGGACAUCUCUCUCCUUCUGUCGGUCUGUCUGGGCUGCAUUCAUACUUCAUUCAUCCAUCCACUCAUUUACCGCCGUACCCACACAUUAGCCAUGAAUGCGAUCUCGCUGGGGCGACUGAACACACACAGACAUACCAACAAAGUACAGAAGAGCACAGGCCAAGCGAACACGUGUGCCGCGCUCCUCUCUCUCACCUGCUGUGUGCGAGAGUGUCAAUCAGGUCGCCACGAGCCGUUCGAAUGAAAGAUGUCCUCAGCUGUGUGGCCCCCGGCCCGAUGGUUGUCGACGGCCGAACCCUGGUCGCUGUCUUGUCUGUCCCCAGCGGAACAGACACCGUCUUCUGCGUGUCUGAUGCCGGCGCCUUGUGCUGCUGCUGGUCGUCUUUGUUGAACGCCUCUGCCAGCACCUCCUGAGUGCCCUUCUCCUUCUGUUCGUCUUUGUCUUUGUCUUGGGGUGGCUGAGAGACUUUGGGAAGCACGGGUACAGUGGAUAUGCGAUGGCGGGGGUGUGAUGUGUGGGCCCUUCCUGGCUCCGCCGGGAUGGCCACUGUGAGCGUCCGCAUCGACAUGUAGGCCGCCUCCUUGCCAUCGUACUUGUGCUGCACAGAGAGAGAGUCGCUCGCUCGUGAAAGGGCCAUAUGGUACUGUAUGGAUGUGUGGCAGUGUGUGUCUCGCCUUCUUACCGCCAGCGUGUUGAAAAAAUUGAUCUUCUCGCCGGACUUCAAGGCGGGCCUGACCCAUCCAGCCAUCCAACCAUCCAAGAGUCGAUGCUUCCCAUGGCGUCUCUCUGUCGGUGUCUCAGUCGCUGACUCACUCACUCACUCACCGCCAAUUUGGUUUCUUGAAUGUCUCCAAGAGCCGUCCAAUGGCUGGCGGGACGCCCUUCUUACUGCGGAGUCUGUAUUCCUUCGUUCGCCAGAAGAGGCCGGGGCACAUGGUCGACUGAACCGCAGAACUGAGAGACGACAAACAGACAUGGGCAGCAGACGCAGACGCAGGCAGAGUGGGAGUUGGGGGAAGGCGUCUCCCGCACAGUUUCUACCUACCUGUCUGCGAAAGGUCUUGCACUGUGUGCCAUACUAAAGAGACAAACAGGCAAGCGACAGUCUGGGCGGGAAGGUCCUGUCAAGCCAUACUCUUUCUACCUACCUGUAAGCGGCGAAGUCCAGCGGCUCCUUGCCGGCCUGCAGUUUCGCUCUGCUGUAGAGGUCCAUCUGCAGUGCAAACAGACACAAAUCGGUGUGAGCACAGGAGGGAUGAAGUUAUGUGGCAUUGCAGCGUGGCAUUCUGCAUUGCAAGCGCCCCCUGUUUGUGCCGCUUCCUCUCCGUGCCUGCUUGGUGCGGUGCUCCCUCUCGCCAUCGGACCACUGUGCAAUGGGGUCGGCAGCUAGCAGAAACGCCAUGGUGAGGGGCUACGUCUUAUUUUCUUCUCCUUCUGCAGAUCGGGGUGGGGACCGAAGGGAGGCCAAGUGAUUUGGGGACAACGCUGGCGUCUUUG